AUGGCAUAUAAAUGCAGAAAUCAAUUUCUAGUGGAUGAAAUGCCCAUGGGAAUUAUUGCAAAUGAUAUAGACUCGGGGGACGGAGAGGGGGGGUGGAAAGUGGGAAAAAUCGUCAUUCUCGUGCGGCCGGAACUCGCGCGGCGGUUCUCGCGAUAUCAAGAGCCGGUCGCGCGAGAGUUCGGCCUUUUCCCGGAGAAGACUGCGGCUAAGAUGGCGGAAGUGGAACAGAAAAAGAAGCGAACCUUCAGGAAAUUCACCUAUCGAGGUGUUGACCUGGAUCAGCUCCUCGACAUGUCUUAUGAGCAGCUGAUGCAGUUAUAUAGCGCCCGCCAGCGCCGGAGACUGAACCGUGGUCUGCGCCGCAAGCAGCACUCGCUGCUCAAACGUCUCCGCAAGGCCAAGAAGGAUGCACCUCCCAUGGAAAAGCCAGAAGUGGUGAAGACCCACUUGCGCGACAUGAUCAUUCUUCCGGAGAUGGUGGGUAGCAUGGUGGGCGUGUACAACGGGAAGACCUUCAACCAGGUGGAGAUAAAGCCUGAAAUGAUCGGCCAUUAUUUGGGAGAAUUUUCCAUCACAUACAAGCCUGUGAAACAUGGCCGACCUGGCAUCGGGGCCACCCACUCAUCUCGGUUCAUUCCUCUAAAAUAAGAGCGUUUUUGGGGAAGGGUAUUUUUAUGUGUAAAUAAAAAGAUUUCCCAAACA